AGCAAGGCAGCUGUAGUGCAAGCGGUGAAGUGUACAGCUUGAGGCCAAGAAGGCUUGAUUUGUCUGUUCUUUUGCUGUCAUUCAGUUUCGAAUUCAGCAACAUCUGUCGCAUUUCUGAGUUUUCAAGAUGUCUAGCAAGAAAUCAAAGAAGAAGAAACAAAAAAAUGAGGGAAGAAUCUCAUCAAGCUCCUCGAGUGAAGAUGAAAGGAAGGAGAGAGACACAAAGAGACUCAGCAGCCCAAAAAACAAACAGCAUCGUCGGCAUGAAAGUUCUGAGAAAGAUGAAGCUAAAGGGAGGAGGGUCACCAACUCGCCAUCAACAAGAAAAGACACUCCUAAGAAAGGAAGACGGGAAAAAACAGUUGUGGAAAAAAGAAAGAGCAAGGACGAAAGGUCCCCAGAAGGCAAAGCAACUGCGAAUUCCUGGACAGUUUUUAAGUCACCUAUCACACAGGAGAAAGAGAGGGUGAUUGCCAAAAGGAAGCAUGAAAAUGCAAGCCCCCAUGUCUCAGGGAGAAGCUCCAGUAGACACGUUGCCACAAAUCAGCUUUCUUCAAAAGAGCUGAAGGAGCAGAGACAGAAGCUGGUGUCAAGAAGAUCUGCAUCAGAGGAGCCCAUACGGAAACCUGCACGGGAUGAUUCUUCCCCUGAGGAACUCCAGGAGAAAAGGAGGAAAGUAAUGAAGAGGUCAUUAUCUCCAGAGUUUCAUUCUGAAGCCAAGCGAAGGGACAUCAUAAAAAUGACCAGCAGUAAUUUAGCACAUACAGACUCUCAGUCUGACAUUCUGAAGGAAAUGAGGAAGAAGUUGGUGGGCAGGAGAUCCAAGGAGAUUGACCAAACUGUCAGUGCUAAGAAGAGUUCUCAUGGUAAAAUGGUGAAUGACCACUCCAAAAAGGCUUUGCCAGUACUGACACAUGUGGACUCUGGUGCUAAACUGAAAUUGCCUAAGGAUAUUUCACAGAAGCAGCAAGACUGUACUAAACACCAUGUACAAUCAAAAAAUGCACCUGCUACAAUUUUAAAAGAAGAAAAGUCAUCCUCUUGUCCCAUGCCAAAAGUCAGUUUCAAGAUUACGAAGAAGGCCAGUGCUAUUAAAGCUCAGACAAAAACAGAUAUUUGGAAUAUGAAUUUGGAUUCAUCCGAUAGCAGGACUCGGUGUAACAGUCAGUCAUCUCUCCCUGAUUCUGUUGCGGCAGAUUCUCCAUCUACAUUGCUCAUGUCGCAGCAGCGAAGACAAAGGCCUCAGAAUGUUUCUGCUCAGACCUCCAAUAAACCCUCUUCUUUUUGUUCGUCACAUUCUUUAUAUUUAUCUCAAGUUCAACAGCUGCAGAUUGAUAAAACAGAGGCCACGACACCAAGCAAAACUCCCUGCAAGGCAGAUCAUAUAACUCCUCACAAAGAUGCAGAGACGUUUGACAGUGACCAUGAGAUGCAGCUGGUCAAGGAGCUGUAUCUGGCACGCUCGGAGAGGCGUCUAGAGGUUAACUUGGUGGAGAGCUGUGGAGAACUCACCUGCAUGGACAUUGACCCACCAGAAGAGGGUGCCAGCAUGACGUUCGAUGAAGAACAACAUAAACAGGACCUCCUUAUCGUCCUGGAUACUAAUGUGCUCCUCAGCCACCUGGACUUUGUGAAGAAGAUAAGGUCACAUGGUCUUGGUGCGCUGGGGUUUCCCACUUUGUUGAUUCCAUGGGUGGUUCUGCAGGAGUUGGACUCUCUGAAGAGUGGUAGACUCUCCAGUAAAGUGGAAGACAAAGCCAGGCCAGCUGUCCACUACAUUUACUGCUGCUUGAAAAACCAAGAGCCUAGACUCAUGGGCCAGUCAAUGCAGCUGGCCUCCCAAGCUGUCUGUGAGCCUGGUGUUGUGAAUAAUGAUGACAGAGUUUUGCAGUGCUGUCUGCAGUACCAGGCUUUGUACCCAGAGGGAGCUCUUGUUCUGUGCACCAAUGACAAGAACUUGUGCAGCAAGGCUCUGUUUAGUGGGGUUAAGGCCUUGAAUAAGGCAGACUUGGAGGUGGAGGGAACCAGACCUACAAUUGUAAACUACACUCAUGCACACCCCAUUGUGCUUCCCUCUGCUGGACCUGUAUCGAAAGCAGAGAAAGAAGGAACACAGGAGAGAAUGAACAGUGCAGUGGAAAAAAGAGUGCUUAGUGAGUGUGUGUCUGCACUGGAGUCCUGCCUCCAGGGAGCACUGUCUGAGGUGCUGGAGGAGGAGAUGAAGGCUGCCUUUGGAGACCUGUGGUUAGAGAUAGUGUAUGUGAAACCUCCUUGGAGUCUGGAUGGUAUACUCCAGUGUUUUAAGAAGCACUGGAUUGCUGUGUUUGGAAACAUUAUAAAGAGGAACCUGCUCAGCUGCGUGAAGUCAUUGAGUGACUGUCUCUGUUCAGACAGGCCAAUAGAGCACAUAUCUGUUCUCAAUGCUGUGAGAAAGGCUGCAGAGCUGUUGUCGGCACUGGCUGGCAGAUCCAGGUACAGCGUUCAUAUGGAUCAGGCUCUCUCCACCCUUCAUGUUCUACAGCAGAGACUACAGUUUCCGCAGGCUUCAAAAGAGGGUGAGGACAGUGAAGACACUCUAAUGGCAGAGAUAGAGGAGGGUGUAGCUCCGUCCUCUCAGACGUUGCAUGAAGAAGUUUGGGCAAUGUUUGAAUUCAUCUGGAACAAUGUGUGUCAGAUAAGUUCGGCUCUGUUCUCAGCAUUACACUACACUCCAGGAACCACCGAACCCAGCCUGCCGCCCACCUCACCACUACCUCAGGAAGCCCUCUCCUGCCUGCAGAGGCUCUCCACUGCAAUCAGACGGCUACUGGAGGCUCUUCAGAGGUUAUUGUCUGUGAAUAGCAGUGUUGAAGAUGCACAGUCACUUCUCUCCAUUAUUCAAGUCAGUGAGAUUGCUGCUCUGGAACCACGUUUCACUGCCAGGGACCUGUUUGACUGCUUCUCACAACAGGAGUACCGGGAGAAGCUGUGUGUGGGUUGUUCGCAGCUGUCUGAACUGACAGCAAAUCUGGAUCGCUGUGCUGCUGCUCUUAGUUCUUGGCCCUGAAGAUGUUUGGACAUGACCUGGUUUUGACAGCAAUGCCCCUGGUGGGAAAACACACACUCUUUUAGCAAUGAAUAAAGAAAGUUGUGUAAUUUUGGUGCUUUAAACUUUCUGAGGGUAGGAAGAAUUGCUAACUCUCCUGUCUUGGCCCUGCCACUCUGCUCAAAAUCCUUCUGACAUCCAUGGGCUGUUGUGGUAACAGGUUAUGUAUUUGGUUAGAAACGGAGAUAUUACUUCACAAUACUGUCUCAUCAGUCCUCCAAGGCUUUCCAUAAUUAUAUUAGUGAGUGCGACAGUGGUCAUGUCGAAAGCCUACUUUUCUGGGCAUCAGUCUAGCCCAGGAAAGUCUACCUGGAAAGCAGUCAUCAGUUCAUUUUACUUAGACAUUGGGUUGGCUGCUUUCCUUUCGUUUUAUUUUCAACAUAACUCUUAGUUCUGCCACUGAAGAUGCAAUGCACCAACACCAACCUCAGGGCAAAAUUUAUGACUGCUGUUUUGAUUUUCUCUGAUUUCAACCUGAAUGACUUCCAGUUUGUCUGAACAAGAACUGAUUCUAUGGGGAAAAAACAAUGGUGAUCACACCUGUACAGAGAUCUGAAAAUACCUCCGUAAAUGUUAAAUAUUAAGAUCUAUUCAGUCUAAUCCAUACAGUUCUCAGGUUUUGAGAUAGUUUGAGUUGUAAAUAUAUUUUAUUUGUAUUAAAGUAUUUCAAAAAGAAUAUAUUUUUCCUUUACAUCUAUUUUCAUUUUGAUUAAAAUGUUUUAUCAAUAAUGACGUGUUGUGGCAUUUUUUGUCACAUUAAACUGGAGGAUGUUAAUCUAGGUUUCUGGUUUGUAAAGCAGCACUGUGACGUCACUGCUUGAGAGGCCUUGCAGGAUUAGGGGAAUAGUGAUGAUAGCCAUCUUGAGAUUACACUAAUGCUCAAUGACGUGAGCAAGAUACGUUCAUAGGUUACUGAGCAGGACUCAGCAGGAUGUGAUUAUUUAAAAACAUGAU